AUGCACAUUUGGUCCCUUGUAAUGGCAUUAGCCUAUAUCCCUUUUCUCGUACAGGGUAAAAAUCGAGACGAAUCUACUCCAGAAAUUCCUAGUUCUUGUCAUCAAAAUGAAUUCAACAUUCAAUCUCCAGAAGACCUUGAAAACAUUAUCGACUGUAAUAUCCUUGUUGGUAACAUUGUCAUUUCUGAUUAUAAUUACCCUAUUAUUACAUUUUCUAAGCUUGAAAAAGUUCUUGGUAAUUUGACAAUAUUGAAAUCUCCAGAAUUAGUUCGAAUUGAAGCACCAACUUUAGAAUAUAUCAGUUCAAGGUUUAUCUUGACUGAAUUGACUUCAUUAUCACUCAUUUCUUUCCCGCUGAUCAAGUACAUCAACGUUUUAGAUUGGAGUAUUUUACCAAUAUUAAGCAAUGUCCAUUUAAAUCAUGAAAUUCAAGGAAUUGAGAGCAUUAGAGUAUCAGACACUUCAUUGACUGGGUUUUCGGGGUUUAUUGCUGAUAAGUUGGAUAUUUUGGAUAUAAAUAACAACAGAUUCUUGGAUACCAUUGAAUGUAAUGUUGAGCAUAUCUAUGGAAAGUUGCAUAUUGCAGCCAAUGCAAUUGAUGUUAAAGUAUCAUUACCAAAAUUGAGACAAGUUAGUAACUUAAGUAUUAACAAUGUGGAACGAUUAAACUUAGAUCAAUUGGAAACUGUGGAUAACUCAUUGAGCUUAAGUAAUAACUAUUUCCAACAAUUGAGAUUCCCCCAAUUGGAAACUAUUGGUGGAACAUUGAGCCUUUUGCAAAAUGAACAAGUCAAUCAUCUUGAAUUUCCCUCACUUAACGAGAUUGGUGGUGGAUUAAUGUUGGUUAACAAUACCAAAGUUGACAAGAUUAAUUUCUUCCCAAAAUUAAAAAUUAUUGGUGGUGCUCUUGAGUUGGUAGGUCCUAUAAAGGAGAUUGUAUUUAGACAAUUGAAAUUGGUCAAGGGUAGUGCCAUUGUUAAAUCUACGUCGCAACAAUUUGAUUGUACUAAAUGGUCAACGAGUGAUAUCUUGUUGGUUGUUAGAGGCGGUAAGAUUGAGUGUACGAAUUAUAAAAAUGAAAAGUUCACAUCUAGAACAAGAAAGGAAGGACAUAGCCAAGGACUACAUUCAAAUACUGUUGCUUUAAUUUAUCGAUUCAUCCUAUAGUUUUAUUUCUUUAAGUACUUUUAUAUAAGUCAUUGUUUACAAUAAAGUCACGAAUUUCCGGUACAACUUUAGAUUUCCAAUCAUCAUUGCCUUGCGAAAUUUGUAAUCUGAUUUCUGAAGAACUAAUAUUGGCGAUAUCAUCGCCGAAGUUCUUAACUAAGAAUAUAUUUUCGCCCCAAUGGGAAGGAAUAUCUUCAUGUCUACCACCUCGGAUCUCUUCAAGAUAAUUGUUUUGUUCAUCAUUGGUGAUGUCUUUAUCAACACGUGUAAGACAAAAUAAAUCGGUAGAUUUCAUAAAUUGUUCUAAGGAAGUUGAUAAUUUAUCCGGUAAGUAAUAUUUGGGGUUAAGAAUUCGUACUAAGGUAUCAAAUCCAACCAAGAAAGUCAAUUUCAAUGUGCUGGAAGGUUUAAUAAAGUUUAAACAAGAUACCGAUUUAUCAACAAAUUUGGCAUGUUUGGUAACACCUAUAGACACGGAAAUGUUCCACUUUUUGGAUAUAUCAUUGGCCAUCAAAUACAUCAUUUGUAACCUAUGUUCUAACGAUUCAGGUUUAGGAGCAGCUUUAUCAGCAUUCUUGAUUGACAAUAAUAGCAAGACAAUCUUGUUAUCAUUGCUCUGGCCGACGGAACCAAAGGUGUUCUUGAGAGAUUCUUCAACCAAGGCAUAAUGACCCAAAUGUGGUGGGUUAAAUGAGGAAUCCAAAACACAUAUUCUUUGAGUAGCUGGCGUGAUGAAUUCCGGGGAUGUAUGGUAAAGUACACUAAAAUCAGAUUUGGAUGCUAUAAAUUCUUGAAGUGGUUUAAUAAAUUUCAGUUUCAUUUUCGUGGGGUAAGGGUUAGUUGUGGAGUUUGUGUAAGCUUUGCAAGUGUGUGGAGAUGUAAGUUUGAGUGACCAGUUUGCAAUUGAAUUUGAAUUGAAUCAAUUGAUAUCAAAUCUUAAUAAGAAGUAGCAAUUCACUGUGGAAAAACUUAAUUUGACUGACCCUAAUACUAUCCCCUAAAAUGGCAAGUUUGUAAAAUUCCGGAAAAGC